CGACGUCAUAGUUAUAUUUCCGGCAUCGUUCCUAAUAUACGGAAACUAUCGAAGUGCCGUUCAAAGUUUUCUUUUCUAAAGUUUUAAAAAUAACAAAGAGAUGCAGACUCUUACUCAUGGGCCACGACUAGUGUAUCAAAGGCCGUGAUGCUGUGGCUCGCUGUCUUCCUUCUGUUUGUCCGCACGUCCGUGUCCGCCGACUGGGAUCCAAUGGUGAUGAACAGAAAUAGCACAGAUAAGUCAAAUAUGCAGGCACCAUUAAGUGCACCGAAACCAAACUUCAAAGACAAGGUGCAUACCUCGACAUUUGACAUCAAGGGGAAAGUGAAAGAUGGGCUCAGCGCGAAGGAAGUGUUUGCCAACAGGCAGACACAGUCUCAGUUUGAAUUUCAGGAUAUAGAGGAGGUUGUGCUUACCUCGACAUUUGACUUCAAGGGGAAAGAGAAAAAUGGGCUCGGCACGAAGGAAGUAUUUCCCAUGACACAAAUGCAGAAUAAAGUUCUAGAUGCCAUACUGAUUGUCAUCAAUCAGGUGUAUGGUAACUGGGGGGCGUGGGGGGCGAAGACGUAUGGAAGCUGCUCUACCUCGUGCGGGUCCGGAGAAAGAAAGUAUACUCGGCAGAGAGUCUGUAACAACCCGAAACCCAGUGGGAAUGGAACGGACUGCGUGGGAGAGAGUGUUCAAAUCGGAGACAUCACCUGCGAAAUUCAGCCAUGCCCAGUGGAUGGCCAGUGGGGUGCGUGGGGAGAUCGGGAAUACGGGCCCUGUUCCGUGACGUGCGGUGAGGGAACUCGUCAAUAUAGGGAAACUCGUUGCUGUUGCAACCCCAGCCCUGAGUUCGGUGGAAAGCCGUGCCCUGGCGUCCGAGAGCGAGUCGGCCCGAUCUUGGGGUGUAACGUAGAUUCGUGUUCCGUCGAUGGUGCGUGGACGGCGUGGAGUCAGGCCUACGUGGGGCCGUGUUCGGUUUACUGCGACGGAGGAGCACAACAAGUCAUGCUGGUACGCUCCUGUGAUAACCCGCCGCCUCAAAAUGGCGGCCAGAAUUGCAGUGGACCCCACACUCUGUGGAAAGAAGUGUUAGGAUGCAAUCCGCAGUGCUGUGACACAAGUUUGGUCAAUGAGAAAGUCUACGUCUCUAACUGCAGUGACGUCAUAGAACACAAUAUCACUACCAGUGGGGUUUUCACGAUCCAACCACGUGACUCUGGGUUAGCACUCCAUGCAUACUGUGACAUAGAGGACAACAAAACGGCUUGGCUGGUGAUUCAGCGAAAGAGCAACGGGUCGACGAAUUUCAACAAAACCUGGUACGAAUACAGAGACGGAUUCGGCGAAAUUGAUUCCGAUUACUGGCUUGGUAACAAUGACAUUCAUCGCAUCACCAAACAAGGUCAGUACGAGCUGCAGAUCGAUCUGGAAACCAACACAGCAGAAAAGAAACACGUCAUGUACGAUACGUUUUACGUCCAUUCGAAAUAUACUUAUUUUACACUCAAUGUGAUCGGUUUCCAUGGAGAUAUAAAGGAUUUGUUGUCGCCCAGCGAUGGCAAGCUGUUUAGAACAUUUGACAAAAUGAAAAUUGAUAACUUCUGCGAUGAACCUGAGGUGGGCGCUUUCUGGUUGUCCAGCUGCUUCAGCCUCAACCUGAGCAAAGGCAACAAGACCACGUGGCCUCCGUGGUGCAAUGGCACGUGCUACAUCACUAGCAGCGUCAUGAAGAUUAGACCAAAGCUUACAUAAAACUGGACCACACUGAAUGGAAUGAAGCCAUAACGAAAAACAUUUCAUGUUUUAUUUUUACUUGAAGAUGUUUGUUUUUUUUUUUUUUUUUUUUUUUUUAUGUAUGAAGUCGUAGCUAUCUAAUGUUUUGAAAAUUAAAG